AUGAAGGUUCUGGAAGAAGGUCUCAACACAGACAUCGAACUCACAACGGCGGAAGAGAGCAUCAAAGCUCACAAAAUUAUUCUUCAAGCUCGUUCCCCUGUGUUCUACAAAAUGUUUAGUCACGAUUCAAUCGAAGCCUCAGAAAAUGCGAUUGCCAUAUCAGACAUCAGGGCAUCAACACUUAAGAAACUGGUCACUUUUUUGUACACUGGUCGAAUGGAAAAGUGCAAUUUUGAUGAAGCCAUGGAGCUGUACUACGCGGCAGACAAGUAUGAAGUGCUGUCUUUACGAGACGACUGCAGAGAGGAAUUGCUGAGAAAUCUCGAUGUCAACAAUGCAUGUUCCCUGUUCACUUUGGCAAAUCGUCAUAACGAUGAAGAUUUUAGGAACGGAGUCGUGCAGUUAGUAAGUGCUAAUUUUCCGUCUGUUGUAAACAUGGAGUCUAUUAAUGACAUGAGCAAAGAUGAUAUAAUAUUGCUUAUGCGUUUAUGUGUUCCAGGUAUUAAAAAAGAAUAA